AAAUGUAUAAAUCAAAAACAUUUCACAAGGGUUUACUUGCAAUGCUUAGCUUAUGUAUUACAUUCGCAGAUGCUCAGUCUCGCUCAGAAUUCCUUCUUCACGAACAAUGGACACAUAGAAGUCUCUCUGUAAGACUUCUUCAGGAAUACAGGAUUUAAAUUUGAGUCGAGAGAGAUAUAAAAACCAAAAGUCGCAAACAUAUAAUGACU